AUGACUGGAUACUGCCAAAAGGCUGUUGAUACUAUGCUUCCAGGUCUAACUAACCUAACAUGUUCUAGCAGUGGCCGUACGGGCAACUGCUGGGGUGCACCUGACGGUCUUGGAUGCGGUGUCUUUGUUGCGGGGCCUAGAGGGUGCACUAGAACCACCGAGCAGAUGAAAGCAGCAUUCAACAACAUUAGGGCCCAUGACUCUUGGGGUUCGGUGUAUGAAGGACGUCGAAUGUGGGAAGCCCCAGCACUGAAUAUUUUGUUAAGGAUCGGCUAUUCAAGGGAAAUUUUUGAGCAGAGAUAA